CCUCGCUUCGCCUGCAAUGGGCAUGGGGUUCGCUAUUUUUAUCCCCUCAAUACCUCUAGGAAGUCUGCCCUGCCGUUUCUUCCCUGCUUCUCGCUUAUCAGUCCUAUCUCUUGACUUCCCGAGUGCGGUCGUAUUCGGGAGAGCUAUUUUCAGUGCCUUUCACACCACUUGCUUGUUGCCCAGUUUAUUGAAUGAAUACGCGACGUUUGCAGCCUCAUCUGCAUCUUCAUGCUAACCACCCAUCAGAGGCCGCAUCUUCACACAAUAAUAUACCUAGCUAAUUACACACAGCUCCAGGGUUCACGGCUUCCUGACUGACCACAUUGUACGCCCUCCAAAACAAACAGUGAAGAACAUCACUCAAUCCCCUUCCCCAUCGCGAACAUGUGCUUCGGCAACAGCCAGACACUCGACGAUCCUACCCAACCCGCUGUACGUGCCAUCAACCCGUGGGGUCGCAAGAUCCAGGAUCCCACGCAACAGCCCAUCCGCAUCACCGAAUCCAAUGAGGGCCAUACAAGCGAAAUGCCAGCCCCAAGCAUGAAAGAGCGGAAAGGAAGCCACAAAGACCGUCCAGCUUUCGUGGAUGUGACCGAUCACGAGUUCAAGCCCAUAGCAAGAAAGCUGUCUAGUGUGGAAGCUGAAGCAGCACGCCCCAUGCCCAAAAAGAGCGUCGAGAAAAAAUGGCGGACCAAGAACCCUGGGUCUUCUACUUAUGCCUACGGCGCUGCAAUGGGUGCAGAUUUCGCCGCCUCUGCAUUUUGAUCAUGGUCCGAAAUGCCCAGUGGAUGAUUGCCGGGUCGUCAAAACCCAGGGAUGAAGUGCUUAGGAUGGGUUUGUCAAGAGCUGACUCCACGUUUUCCCUUUGAGGAGAUGCAUGUCGGCACAGACGCUGGGCGCUGUCUCGGUUCUCUAUCUUGGUGGAGCUUCAAGCCUUUUGGUUUUCUGAGUGGGAGGCAUCGACUUGUAUGAGAUGGGAGUCGGAUGUCGUAGAGAUGAGGUCGUACUGAAGUGCAGCCUGCCCGAGUGGAGUUGGAUUAUUCAUCGUUCAAUGAUACGAGCAUGCCAAUCGCAAACCUAGACUCAC